GCCGCGGUGUGUAGACGCCGGCGGGUGCAGCCCGCCCCUCGCGCCGCAGCCGCCGCUGCCGCCUGCCCGCCGCCCCGGUCAUGGUGCUGGGCCGCGGGCUGCUCGGCCGCUGGAGCGUCGCAGAGCUGGGAGCCGUCUGCGCUCGUCUCGGCCUGGGUCCAGCCCUGCUGGGAAGCCUCCACCACUUGGGUUUAAGGAAGAACUUGACCGUGGAUCAGGGCACCAUGAAGGUGGAGUUACUACCCGCUCUGACCGACAAUUACAUGUACCUGCUCAUUGAUGAGGACACCAAGGAGGCGGCCAUUGUGGAUCCGGUGCAGCCCCAGAAGGUGGUGGAAACGGUGAGGAAGCACGGCGUGAAGCUGACCACAGUGCUCACCACCCACCACCACUGGGACCACGCUGGCGGGAACGAGAAGCUGGUCAAGCUGGAACCUGGGUUGAAGGUGUACGGGGGUGAUGACCGGAUUGGGGCCCUGACUCACAAGGUCACACACCUGUCCACACUGCAGGUGGGGUCUCUCCAUGUCAAGUGCCUGUCGACGCCGUGUCACACUUCCGGACACAUCUGUUACUUUGUGACCAAGCCCAACAGUCCCGAGCCGCCCGCUGUGUUCACAGGUGACACCUUGUUUGUGGCCGGCUGCGGGAAGUUCUAUGAAGGGACAGCGGAUGAGAUGUACAAAGCCCUGCUCGAGGUCCUGGGCCGGCUCCCUGCAGACACGAGAGUGUACUGUGGCCACGAAUACACCAUCAACAACCUGAAGUUUGCUCGCCACGUGGAGCCCAACAACACCGCCAUCCGGGAGAAACUGGCCUGGGCCAAGGAGAAGUACAGCAUCGGGGAGCCCACGGUGCCGUCCACCAUCGCCGAGGAGUUCACCUACAACCCGUUCAUGCGAGUGAGGGAGAAGACGGUGCAGCAGCACGCGGGCGAGACGGAACCUGUGGCCACCAUGAGGGCCAUCCGCAAAGAGAAGGACCAGUUCAAGAUGCCGCGGGACUAGCGGCUACGGGGCCUCCCGGGCACUCAGGUGUGCCGACUGACUCUCCGGCCAGGACCGCAGGAAGUUCUGCCUCCGUUUAAUUUUAAAUUAAUUGCAGAGUGCUUUGCUUGUGUUAUCAAAUGUUCUAAUGCAUAUUUAUAAGAGAAGAAGUUUAGAAAGUGUUUA